GAAGCUUUUAAAGAAUCAAAAUGGCUGCUCUAUCAAGAGACGGUUUUCAUAGAGAUUCUGCCGCUUACUUGGACUAUUGUAGGAUCUUCGUCAGAAUGCAACAAAAGAUAUGGCUUCAGCAUUUCCGUCAUCAGCCAAGCGGUCCCGAACAGCAGCUGAAGCACCUUCCGUCAGGAAACAAGGGAAAGAAGUUAGCAUUCCGUGGGAGGAAAUUUGCCCAGCCUUAAUAAGUGAAUGGUUGGAUACAUUUAGUAAGGCCAACAACACUACAAGGGACAUUCUGCUGGCAAGUGUCCUGCCAACUGUGGCAUGCUUGAUGGGGCCCUCAACAGUCAAGGUUGACUGUAGAAUGCGCACAGAAAGUAUCAACCUCUACAUGAUCUGCUUGUGUGACCCAGGGGCAGGAAAGUCACCUGCCUUUCACCAUGGCUGUGCACAACCGAUAAGGUUGCAUGUAGAGGCAAAGGAGGAUAACCCUUUAUUUGUUGACGAAUUUACUGAAGCUGGGCUAUUUCGUCAAUUGAAGUCAACACCUGGCCAUAAAGCUAUCAUUGGCAAGGAAGAGGCAUCACAGUUUUUUGACCAGCUACUUGGUGCUUCCAGGGAAAAGAGCCGCAUAGACAUGGAACGAAUGAUCCAGUUAUAUGAUGGAAGUACAUGGGUAUAUACACGGGCAGACAAGUCAGCACGUCAAGUCAUUGACAGUCCAGGAGUGUCAGUGAGUGGCUACAGUCAACCCAACCGCUUCUUUCCAAUUUAUGUCAAACUAAAGGAAAGGCAGGAUGGUGCAGUGGACAGAAUUCUCAUGUACCAGCCUUUGCCACAUCGUCUGGCAGCACAUGAAACUCAAGAGUAUAUCACCAAACUGAAUAAUUCGAAACUGAAAGAUCUCAGAGCUGUCUAUUCUGCCAUAUAUGAGUUCUCUCAUUCUGAAAAUGGCCUUGUAACGUACUCCCUAGACCAGGGUGGCAACAGAAAGUACGAGGAAUUUAUAGAUGGCAUCUCUGCAUCCCUUAAUAGUCAGUGGGCGAGAAACAUCUGCCCAGAAGAUGUUUCAAAAGAUGACAGGCACGUGCUGAGGCUGGCAGCUGUUCUCCAUGUGUUAUACGACCAGCUGACAAAAUUUCUCCAAGAAGAAGAGAAAUCACCACCACCACAAGUCAUCAGCUCAUUAACUAUUCAGAGGAGUAUAACACUGUGCCAGUAUUUUACAGCACAGAGGAGAAUCCUUGACCAGCUUGUGAAGUCUAAUACAGAGAAUGCCUCAAGUGACCACUAUGAACGGCAGAGGCACAUCCUGCUAUGUAAAGGGCCUUUUGUGUCUACACGUCUGGCCCAGCGCAAUUUUAGUGGGAACGCGAGGCCAUCUGCUGAGGUUCUAAGUGGCACAAUGGAAAAUCUGGCAACAGAUGGAUUUGGCACUGUCGUAUCCGUCGACAGAAGCACCGUCUUCUACAAGAAGCUCCCGGCAGAUGUAAAUGAUGAAGACUUGGCCACAUAUGAGGUGACUAGGGAAAAAUACCUCCAAGCCUUUAAUGAGCGGGCAGACAAAUCCAUAAUUACAAAGGACCUAUUUAACAAAUUUCUCAACCAGUCACCACAUAAAGACCGCUUAAAGAAUGAGCACGAUAUCACACCAGAGGACAACUAGACAACUAGAAGUAAUGUAAGGGUACAUUCCUCUAGCUCAUUGCUAAGUAAUGCAGUUUAUCACCGUGCAAUUUUUCACUUCGGGUUUUUGUGACCAACAAUUUUUCAUACAUUUAUACUCAGGGAAGUUUGACGUUUCAUUUGCUGAUUUUUUUAUGGAAUAAGUGACACUUACCUCAAUUUCUGUUACUGACUUCAUUCAAUUUUCAACUUUUGGAACAUUGUUUUACAUAUUAUACAGGGCCAGCAACACAGUCCAAACAUGAAUAAACUACAGGCCUCAACAAUAUAAACUGGUUUACACAUUUUUACUCGAUUUUACCAGUAGCAUUUUUUGUGAUAAUUAUAAUUCGAUCCUGAUUUGACAAUGGUAUUACUAGUUUUUCAUCAAUUGAAAUAAUUUCCUACUCAUUGACAGUUGCUGCUGGUGUCUGAGGGGUAAAAAAUAUUGACCGGUAUAAAUCAUUCAGUCUGCAUAUAAGCCCAUUCUACUUGUAAAAAAAGUU